CUAAGAGGUCACAUUCAGUUUUCUUUUUUUCGUUGUACUUUCGGUCUCGUUUGGCAAACAACAUGUCUGGACGCGGAAAAGGCGGCAAAAUCAAGGGAAAGGCGAAGUCCCGUUCGAACAGAGCCGGUCUUCAAUUCCCGGUCGGCCGUAUCCAUCGUCUCCUUCGCAAAGGCAACUACGCGGAACGUGUCGGUGCCGGUGCUCCCGUUUAUUUGGCAGCUGUUAUGGAGUAUCUGGCCGCCGAAGUGUUGGAAUUGGCGGGCAACGCUGCUCGCGACAACAAGAAGACCAGAAUCAUUCCCAGGCAUUUACAACUGGCCAUCAGGAAUGACGAGGAGUUGAACAAGCUUCUUUCCGGAGUUACCAUCGCUCAAGGUGGUGUUCUGCCAAACAUUCAGGCUGUUCUCCUGCCCAAGAAGACCGAGAAGAAGGCUUAAAUUCCUCAUUCACAAGCUCCAUCCAUAACGGCCCUUUUCAGGGCCAACAAUUUUAUAACGAAGGAUAACACCGAUCAACUGUGCUACCUUAACCUCGAUUACCUGGAUAAAUAUAAGAUAAUAGGUUCUUCGACGUUUAGAGUAGUUUUGAUGUGUGUGUGAGAUGUGUUAGUAAUUACAAAUUUCUAUUUGAGGUAAACGUCGUUCGUAGGCUGGAGUUACAUAAUUUUUCUGUUAUAGGUAGACAAUGUUAUUGGACCGAUUCCGAUCAAUACACUAGCUAGACUAUAAAUUUUUCAUCGGUUAUUAUUUUUUAAAAUAAGGUAGAGGAAGGUUGAAUAAAAUAAUAUCGUGUACGAUUAACAUGAUCGUAUAACGGAAAGUUCAAUUGUUACUUUAACAGUGGCGCGCGCCAACUAUUUCGACUGUUCGUGUCGUGUCAAAAAGAAAAAAAAUGUAUCGACGCUUUUAUACGAGGGCAUUGAACUUAGUUCGGAGCGUACCGAGUGACGUAUUAAAUGACUUUGCAGUUGCCAAAACUGUAGAAUUAAUAAUAUCGGCUUUGUUUCGUCUCUGCCAUGUCAACAGUGCAGAACUUUAUAGAAUUCGUUUUGCCGAAUAAAGAUUUCCUCGAACAUUUUAUGGCACCCUUAAAAUCGCAUUGAAAUGAGAACGUAGCACAGCACGGGGUCCCAAAGUUUAGGCCCUAAACAAUGGGAUCCGAACGAGGGAUUUUACAGCCGUUUCCCAUAAAAUCAUCUCUGCAAACAGUCGAGUAGGCAAUACAGGCAUGUGUCCCUAGAUAAGAGGAUACAUUCCUUCCAAGAAAACACUUUAUCAUUUCAUGUUUGCUUCCAAUAUAAAUGUUAUACGUUACAGUGCAAGUUUCAGUAAUUCCACGUAGUAGCAAAAGGGUUGCCGCUUAAAAUAUGAAAAGUCUCCUUGUUUAUUAAUUUCCACGCAAUGAAUCAGACGUAUUCAACGAUUCACGAGAGAGAAUUAUUCAACUUAAUUAUGCAUCAAUAAGUCUCAUUAUGUUUUGAUUUCUUGUUUCUAGUUUCUUCGACCAAAGUAUGACGAAAUAUUAAAAUCAAUGUUAACAAAUGCUUUCAAUCGACGGAAACGAAUAGAAGGCUUAUUAUAUUUCAA